UAACCCGGGGUUCGCGAUCGGUGGGGCAUCCCGCGAUUUUUAUAUCGUUUCGGAGGGUGGACGGUGGAGGCGAGCGCGAAGGUUCAGGGAGGUUCAGGUUUGGGCCACCGGGGAUAUCUCUCCAUCUUUGUUGCGUUCUUCGGAAGCGAAUCGAUAGAGAUAAGAAAGGAAGAGGAGAAGCUUCGUCGGGAGAGUAAGAGGGCGGGGAUAGGGGACGAGGACUAGACUAUCCGGCGGCCGGGAAUUAGGGGGGGGGAGAGAGUAGUCUCUCUUCUAUUGUGGGGGUGUGGGGUCUUCAAAGCUGGAUGGUUGAUAUGAACGGCGGAGGGCUGGGGAGGACUGGCGAUCGGGCGGCGGGCGGGGGCGGGGGCGGCGGCGGCGGGGGCACGGUGUGGAGGCUGGCUGACGAGAUGAACAGUAACGGAUGCCGGGGGGUGGAGUCGGAGUAUGUGCGGAGGCUCCACCGGCACGAGCCCAGGGAGAAUCAGUGCAGCUCCACUCUCUUCAAGCACAUCAGAGCUCCCGUUCAUCUCGUGUGGUCUUUGGUGAGGAGGUUUGAUCAGCCCCAGAAGUACAAGCCCUUUGUAAGCAGAUGCGUCGUGCAGGGGGAUCUGGGGAUUGGGAGCGUGAGGGAAGUGAAUGUCAAAUCUGGGCUCCCUGCCACCACCAGCACCGAAAGGUUGGAAUUUCUUGAUGACAAUGAGCACAUACUUAGCAUGAAGAUUGUGGGAGGGGACCAUAGACUCAAGAACUACUCAUCCAUCGUUACCCUCCAUCCGGAGAGCUUUGAUGGGAGGCCAGGGACCCUGGUAAUAGAAUCGUUCGUGGUGGACGUGCCCGAUGGGAACACCAAGGACGAGACAUGCUUUUUCGUGGAGGCCGUGAUCAAGUGCAAUCUCAAAUCUUUGGCCGACGUGGCAGAGCGCUUGGCAGCGCAGGACCGGACCGAGCCCAUUGAUCGAUGAUUUCAUUGAGUCAUCUGCGGAGCGAUGGAAAUUCCAUGGAUAAAGCUUUCAAGGCAUUCAGAACUUGGAAGCUUUCGGUAGUUUCUCCUUGAAUCCUUCGCUCAUCCUUCUUCCCCUAUCCUUCUGUGUCAUUCCCAUGCUCUUUCCGAAUGAAGGCGAUGUUUUUAAUUGUCUGGGUAGAGCAAGAACCUCUAUUCUCUCAUGGGACUCUCAAAUUCAGAGGUUGCGUAUAGGUAGUCAGGUUUCCUCGCUCGGGUUUUCCUGAACUAUGGCUUUUGAGCGGUGGUGUGUGUACAUAUCUAUGUUUAAAUUGAUGUUUGUAUGAUGUUAGUGAUGAAAGCCUAUUUAUGUGAUGCUGCCGUGGAGAUGGGAAUUUAGAGGAUAUUCGGCUGUCUUGUUGGGUGCUCUGGUGCGGGUUGGAGGCAUUGUGUAUAUUUGGACAUUGUGAUAGAGAGAUUCUGGAUGGACGUAGAUUUAGUAAUAGAUUUCAUCUCAGGGGGUGUCAUCUUCUCUCUUGUUUGACAUAUAUCUUAGCAGUUCAGAGCUACGUGCCUGUUUGGAAAAUUCGUUUGUUCAAAUCUUUUAGCUGAUUUUUUCUUUCUUUCUUUUCUUUUUUCAAUUACCUGCCCUAGAUCAUGGGGCAUCAGUUUAGACUUUUGCAUGCUUUGUUUGAAAAUCCUGAAAUAUGGAGGAGUGAUAAAGGAUGGUAGAAGAGUCUGGUGGUCUCUGGAUUUUUGGCUAAUGCCUCUGUGGGACAGUGGGAUGCUAUCACAAAGUUUAUUAAAGCAUACGUGGGGCUUUGAUUUGCCGGUGGAGACGUUUUAGGCCGUCGGGGGGGGGAUGCAUGGAGACCGAUUGCUGCGGCUGUCGUCGUCUGGACGGUGCCCUGCGUCACGCUUCCUACCCAAGAUGAUAAAAAGAAAGCUGAAAGAGACUACCCCCUACCUCGGCUCUAUAUAUCGUGAAGUAGAUGGUAUCAGUCGCUGUCACGCGUGGGUUUCUUCUUGUGAUUUCCUUUGAACAAGUCUCCUCGCUUUGCGCGAGUCCACACUUUUGUGAGAGGGCCGGAUUGGGUUCAGGAGAUAUGGAUGACUGACUGGGAUGGCAAGGUUCUGGUUUAUCUACUCACUGCAACUUCCUAAUUCAAAUGGUUCACGAGGGGCCAUGCGGCCUUUCUUAAAGCCACAGGUCAGGUGUUGUUCGAUGAGACAAUAUUGUGUUAUUAUAGAAAUUGUGCUUGGAUCUCGUCAUGUUAACUGAUUUCUCUUGGGCAUAUUCGGAGCUUGGAAAAGAGAUGCCGUGCAAGCAAGCAGCCAGAGUAGUGGGGCCAGCUGAUCGAACUUAUUUUGUCUGUAUAAAGAACAUCUGCACCGAAUAUGGUGGGGUUGGGGGAUGUUAAUCUUUGCAAUUUUUUCAGUUGAGUGAUGAUUGGUAUUAAUAUUCCAGGUUAUAACUCAUAUAGUCAUAUAGCUAGCUGCCUCAUCCCUGCAUCCCCAAGUUGGAUAAUUGGAUAUUGCUUUUUCUUCCGGUCCACAUCUGUGCUGCCUUUGCGAUUGAGCAAUGUUACGGGACCGAUACUUGCUACCGCAAAAAGCUUUCCCGGAGGGGAGGUUUGCGGUGGAAAGCAUCAAUCCUCUCAUGCUGCAUGGCCAGCCGGCCAGUGUAUUGUAAAAUAAUUGUUAAUAAAGUUUAGGAUCCUUUUCGCG